GCACGUUUCUCUGCGACUCGCACGGCCCGCGCCCACCACCGACCACCCCACCUGGUUCGGUCGGCACUCGGCACCCCGCCCCGCAUACAUGCCGCCGCCCAGCCUCACCGUGGCGCGCGACCCGGCCGCCGCCGCCACCAUGCGGCACCGCAAGGUCCACCCGACGCCGGGCGGAGGCGCAGGGACGACGAAGGAGAUGGGCGCGGCGGAGGGGUGGGCGCGGCCCGAGUGGUGCUCGGCGGCGGGCGCCGCGGCCGUGCUGCGGCGGCACCCGGCGCCCGCGCUCUUCGGGUGCGGCCUCCUGCUCUUCAUGGCCGUCGAGUACACCAUCCCCAUGGUCAGGCCGGACGCGCCGCCGCUCGACCUGGGCUUCGUCGCCACCAGGGGCUUGCACGCCGCCGUCGCCGCGAGGCCCUGGCUCAACUCGCUCCUCGCCGCGCUCAACACGGUCUUCGUCGCGAUGCAGGCGGCGUACAUCCUGUGGGCCAUCCUCGGCGAGCAGCGGCCGCGCGCCGCCGUCGCCACGCUCAUGAUGUUCACCUGCCGGGGCGCGCUGGGCUGCGCCACCCAGCUCCCGCUGCCGGAGGAGUUCCUGGGGUCCGGGAUGGACUUCCCCGUCGGCAACGUCUCCUUCUUCCUCUUCUUCUCGGGCCACGUCGCGGGCGCGGUCAUCGCGGCCGCCGACAUGCGCCGCGAGGGCCGGCUGGCGCUGGCGCGCCUCUACGACGCGCUCAACGCGCUCCAGGGGGUCAGGCUGCUGGCGUGCAGGGGACACUACACCAUCGACCUGGCCGUCGGUGUCGGAGCGGGGAUCCUCUUCGAUACGCUCUCCGGAUGGUACUUCCACGCCAAGAACGCACCGGAGAAGCACUGCCGCAGCUGCCAGUGCCACAAGGCUCUCCUUUCACGCUAGCUCAUAGGUGUGGUGUGUUUGGUAAGUUACUGUAGCGGUGCUGUUUUGUAAGAAAUGGUUUUGAUUGCCAGUCGUUGUGAUAGUUUUCAUCGCGGGUUUAUAAUACGAAUCGACUGAGAACUAUUUUCGCCAACGAUUCGAUAUACUAACCGUUGUGAAAAAUAUGUUAUAGGUGUAUUUAUCCUA